AAAGAAACAAAAACAAGUUCUAGGUUUUCUCUCUUUCUCUCUCGUACUAUUUUACUCUGCCCCUUCUCCUGCCUGUCUAAAUCCGAUUACUCUGACGACCCGUUUCAUUUUCAUUGAUAGGAUCUGCAAAGCCAUCCACCUCGAUCGAUCGGCGGUGUUUUCUCAUUUUGGGUUGAAGUUUCGAAUUCCAUUUUGAUUCUAAGGAUUUUCAGAUGAACAGUAAUUGUGGAAAAACGAUUGUUUGAUCGCCGUUCAUCGGCGAGUUGAUUAGCGGUUCUGAGUGGGGUUGAGGUUUUUUAUGGAAACUCGGAGUCGGAAGCGGGCGGAGGCUACCUCAUCGGCCCCUUCUUCCUCUCCUGUUACCCGUUCUAGUAAACGAGCUCGUACUUCUGCCGCCGCUGCUGCUGCUGCUGCUGCUACACCUUCACUAGCUGUAUCUACAACGUCCAAGGUUGCUGUCACUGUCACUACAUCCGAUCGAGGUCGAUCAAUCUCAACUAGGUCUCGUGGUGGUAGGUCGAAAGAGCUAUCUGUUUCAUCUACUAAAAUGGAUUCGACAAAUGAACCUUCGGGUUCUGGAAACCGCGGAGGGAGAAGAGGAAGGAACAACCCUGCGGAGAAAGGGAAGGAGAAAGAGCAUGAAGUUAGGGUUAGGGAUAGAGAAAGAGAAAGGGAGAUUGAAAGGAACAUACUGGAGAUGGAGGCUGGUGCGGAUGAAGAUGAUAACGACAGUGAAGGAGCUGCUGGCUUAUUGCACCAGAACUUGACUUCUGCAAACAGUGCCCUUCAAGGUCUCCUAAGAAAGUUGGGUGCUGGAUUAGAUGAUUUUUUUCCUCCAUCAGCCAUUGCUUCAUCCUCUCAACAGAAUGGGAGGCUUAAGAAGAUUUUAUCUGGGCUGAGGAGUGAUGGAGAGGAAGGAAAGCAAGUGGAGGCAUUGACCCAGCUCUGUGAGAUGCUUUCCAUUGGGACUGAAGAGUCACUCAGUUCAUUUUCUGUGGAUUCCUUUGUACCAGUCCUUGUUGGGCUUCUUAACCAUGAGAGUAAUCCGGACAUCAUGCUUCUAGCUGCACGAGCAUUAACUCAUCUCUGCGACGUGCUUCCAUCUUCAUGCGCGGCAGUUGUGCAUUAUGGUGCAGUAUCUUGUUUAGUGGCUCGGUUGCUGACGAUCGAGUAUAUGGACUUGGCUGAACAGUCACUGCAAGCAUUGAAGAAGAUUUCACAGGAGCAUCCAACUGCUUGUUUAAGAGCUGGUGCUCUCAUGGCUGUGCUUUCAUAUCUUGAUUUCUUCUCUACUGGUGUCCAGCGUGUAGCAUUGUCUACUGCAGCGAAUAUGUGUAAAAAACUCCCUUCAGAUGCUGCUGACUUUGUGAUGGAAGCUGUUCCAUUGCUGACAAAUCUCCUUCAAUAUCAUGAUGCAAAGGUGCUAGAGCAUGCUUCAAUCUGCUUGACUCGAAUUGUUGAGGCAUUUGCAUCCUGUCCUGAUAGGCUGGAUGAGCUAUGCAAUCAUGGUCUGGUUACUCAAGCUGCCUCACUGAUUUCAACAAGUAAUUCUGGAGGUGGACAAGCAUCACUUAGCUCAUCUACAUACACUGGCUUAAUUCGGUUGAUUUCCACAUGUGCUAGUGGCUCGCCUUUGGGGGCAAAAUCUUUACUGCUCCUUGGAAUUAGUGGCAUCCUUAAAGAUAUAUUAUCAGGUUCAGGGAUGGUUGCUAAUAUGUCCAUUUCUCCUGCUUUGAGUAGGCCACCAGAGCAGAUUUGUGAGAUUGUGAACCUUGCGAAUGAGCUUCUUCCGCCACUUCCUCAAGGAACCAUAUCUCUUCCAUCCAGCACUAAUCUAUUGACCAAAGGAUCUCUUUCAAGGAAGUCUAGUAAACAGGAGGACACAAAUGGAAGCACUGUUGAGAUUUCAGCUCGAGAAAAGUUAUUAAAUGAUCAGCCGGAGCUUCUGCAGCAAUUUGGGGUGGAUCUUCUUCCGGUUAUGGUUCAGAUAUAUGGCUCUAGCGUUAAUAGCCCUGUCCGCCACAGGUGUCUUUCCAUUAUUGGAAAGUUGAUGUACUUUAGUAGUUCAGACAUGAUCCAAACUUUAAUGAAGGUGACAAAUAUCUCCAGCUUCCUUGCGGGUGUUUUAGCAUGGAAAGAUCCUCAAGUCUUGAUUCCUGCUCUUCAAAUAGCUGACAUUUUGAUGGGAAAACUUCCUGGAACUUUUACUAAGAUGUUUGUGAGAGAGGGUGUCAUUCAUGCUGUAGAUAUCCUUAUAUUAGGUGGUAGCACAAUUGCCUCUCCUGCAGAGAAGGAUAGUGAUUCUGUUUCUAAAACAGCAUCACGCUCUAGGCGAUCCCAGCGCUCAAAACCAGAUUUGCAUGGUACUGAUGAUUCCAAAAUUCCAGUUUCCACUGUUGGUUCACCUCCUAAUUCAGUAGAACAUCCAACUGGCAAUUUGAGUAUGCGGGUGACAGUAAGUGCAUCUGCCAAAGCUUUCAAGGAUAAGUAUUUCCCUUCAGCCCCUGGUUCCAGUGAAGUUGGGAUUACAGAUGAUCUUGUGCAUCUGAAGAAUCUUUGCUUGAAGUUAAGCUCUGGUGUUGACGAUCAAAGAAGUAAAUCAAAAGGGAAAUCUAAAGCUUUUGUGUCUAGCAGCUUAUCUGAUAUUCCUUCUAUUAAAGAGGAGAACUUGAUUGUUGUGGUGUCUGAAAUGUUGUCGGAGUUGAGCAAAGGGGAUGGUGUCUCGACUUUUGAAUUUAUUGGUAGUGGUGUUGUAACAGCAUUACUGAACUAUUUUUCUUGUGGAUAUUUCUCCAAGGACAGGAUUUCAGAAGCUAACCUUUCCGUGCUUCGCCAACAAGUUAUACAGAGAUACAAGGCAUUUAUCACCAUUUCUCUACCAACCAGUCUUGAUGAGGGGAGAUUGGCACCUAUGAGUGUCUUAGUUCAGAAGCUUCAGAAUGCGUUGGCCUCACUGGAAAGAUUUCCAGUUGUGCUUAGUCACUCUACACGAUCCUCUGGUGGAAGUGCGCGACCUUCUUCUGGUUUAAGUUCCUUAGCACAGCCAUUUAAGUUGCGUCUUUGCAGGGCCCAAGGAGAAAAAUUACUCCGUGAUUAUUCUUCCAAUGUGGUACUUAUUGAUCCAUUAGCAAGUCUUGCAGCUGUAGAAGAUUUUCUUUGGCCUCGUGUACAACGUAACGAUUCCAGUCAAAACCCUUCACUCUCUGCAAAUAAAUCUGAAUCAAAGAGUACACCUACAGGGGCUAGUGCUUCGAAUCCCUCUUCUGAUGGUCGUCGUCAUUCCAGUCGAUCCAGAACCUCUGUCAAUAUUGGAGAAACAACAAAAAUGGAUUUAUCACAAGAGAAAAAAGCUGGUUCAUCAAAAGGGAAGGGUAAAGCUGUCCUAAAGCCAGCCUCAGAGGAUCCAAAAGGGCCUCAAACCAGAAAUGCCCGUAGAAGAGCAGCUCUUGAUAGAGACAUACAAAUGAAGCAUACAAGUGGUGAUACAACUUCUGAAGAUGAUGAGCCAGAUGUGUCUCCCAUUGACAUGGAUGAUGCCCUGGUGAUUGAAGAUGAUGAAAUCUCGGAUGAUGAAGAUGAUGACCAAGAUGAUGUACUACUUGACGAUUCCCUCCCUCUAUGCAUGCCUGACAGAGUACAUGAUGUUAAACUCGGGGACCCAAUUGAGGAAAAUUCAACUGUUCCUGUGACAAGUGAUAGCAAGACCAACCCUGCUCCUGGUUCCAGUAGUAGAGUUGGUGCGGUUAAGGAUUUCGAUUCUACUGAGUUUAGGAGUAGUACCUCCUUUGGUUCAAGGGGUGCAAUGUCAUUUGCUGCUGCUGCCAUGGCCGGGCUUGCAUCUGCAAAUGGUAGAGGAAUUAGAGGAGGAAGGGAUAGAUUAGGGCGUCCUUUGGUUGGUUCAAACGAUCCUCCCAGAUUGGUAUUCUCUGCAGGUGGAAAGCAGCUCAAUAAGAACCUGACAAUAUACCAGGCCAUUCAACGUCAGCUUGUUGUGGAUGAGACUGAUGACGAGCGCUUUACCAGCAAUGACUUCAUAUCUAGUGAUGGAAGUCGCUUUUGGAGUGAUGUUUACACUAUCACGUAUCAGAGGGCUGACAAUCAAAAUGAGAAAGGUCCUGCUGGAACAUCUAAUUCUCCAAGCGCAUCUAAAUCUAGCAAAAUCAAUUCAAACUCCAAUGCGGAGCCACCUCAUCGUGUGUCAUUACUUGAUAGUAUUUUGCAAGGGGAGCUUCCUUGUGAUCUUGAGAAGAGCAAUUCUACCUACAACAUUUUAGCACUUCUUCGUGUCUUAGAAGGUUUGAAUCAGCUUUCUCCUAGAUUGAGGGUCCAAGCAUUAAUGGAUAGUUAUUCUGAAGGAAAAAUAUCUAACCUUGAUAUUCUUGGUGUGACUGGGGUUAGAGUCCCUGGAGAGGAAUUCAUUAACAGUAAGCUUACCCCAAAGUUGUCUCGUCAAAUCCAGGAUGCUCUUGCACUUUGUAGUGGAAGUCUUCCAGCAUGGUGUUCCCAGCUGACAAAAUCAUGUCCUUUCUUGUUUCCUUUUGAGAUUCGGCGUCAGUACUUAUAUUCAACUGCUUUUGGAUUAUCGAGAGCGCUACAUCGUUUGCAGCAGCAGGGUGCGGAUGGUCAUGGAUCAUCCAAUGAAAGGGAGGUGAGAGUUGGUAGGUUGCAGCGCCAGAAAGUUCGUGUAUCUCGUAACCGUAUUCUGGAUUCUGCUGCAAAGGUUAUGGAGCUAUAUUCGAGCCAAAAGACUGUUUUGGAGGUAGAGUAUUUUGGUGAAGUUGGUACAGGAUUGGGUCCUACUUUGGAAUUUUACACCCUUUUGAGUCAUGAUUUACAAAAAGCUUCACUUGGAAUGUGGAGGUCAAGUUUUCAACCUAAUAAACCUCCUACAAUGGAAGUUACAGAUAUUGCUCACUCUCCACUUGGCUUGUUCCCUCGUCCUUGGGCACCAAAUUCUAAUACAUCUGAUGGAAGCCAAUUUUCAAAGGUGGUUGAGCAUUUUAGAUUGCUAGGUCGUGUGAUGGCUAAAGCUCUUCAGGAUGGGAGACUUUUAGAUCUUUCAUUCUCAACAGCUUUUUAUAAGCUUGUCCUCGGGCAGGACCUUGAAUUGUACGAUAUUCUUUCUUUUGAUGCUGAACUGGGGAGAAAUCUACAAGAAUUGCAAACCCUAGUAUCCAGAAAACAUCUUUUGGAAUCUUCUAGCAGUCUAACUAAUGAAGAUACUAUGAGCUUACAUUUUCGUGGGGUUCCCGUAGAGGAUCUUUGUUUGGAUUUCACCCUUCCUGGCCAUUCAGACUAUGUCCUGAAAUCUGGAGAAGAAACUGUGGACAUUGAUAGUUUGGAGGAAUACAUAUCCUUAGUUGUUGAUGCCACCGUAAAGACAGGGAUAACAAUGCAAAUGGAAGCAUUUAGAGCUGGAUUCAAUCAAGUUUUUGACAUUUCUUCUCUACAAAUCUUUUCACCCCAUGAAUUAGAUUAUCUUCUUUGUGGACGCAGAGAAUUGUGGAAGGCCGAGACACUGGUGGAACACAUCAAAUUUGAUCAUGGUUAUACCGCGAAGAGCCCUGCGAUUGUUAACUUGCUGGAGAUUAUGGGUGAGUUCACUCCAGAGCAUCAAAGAUCCUUCUGUCAGUUUGUUACUGGUGCACCUCGCCUUCCACCUGGCGGUCUGGCAGUUCUGAGCCCCAAACUAACAAUUGUCAGAAAGCACUCAUCCGUGGCUGGAAAUGCAUUGACCAGCAGUGGCAACGGAGCAUCGGAAACUGCAGAUGAUGACUUGCCCAGUGUAAUGACGUGUGCCAACUAUCUCAAGCUUCCUCCAUAUUCUACCAAGGAAAUCAUGUACAAGAAGUUGCUUUAUGCAAUCAAUGAAGGGCAAGGAUCCUUCGACUUGUCAUGAGCAAAACUAAUUUCAAUAUGGGUUUUGUACAUUCCAUGGAAGAGAUUUCUGUCAUUUCCUAAUUGGCCUAAUCUUUAGCUAAUUACACAACAUCUUAGUCAUCUCCCCAAACCAAAAUGAUGGAUAUAGGAAUAAUUUUGCUGCUAAAAGGUGAACUGAAUGUUGUUCUUUCCCAGUUGGAAGAUGGAUGGAAGUUUUCCAUGGUAGUAGGGCUUGGAAAGAAGGAAGUUGAUGCUGUAAUUGUGGUGCAAUUUCUGGUGUAAAUAAUAAAUAGUGAAAAUGAGAUUUCAUCAACUUUUUAUUUUAGUUUUAAAUCAUGAUACUAUUUGUUUGUUUUUUUUCUUAGGUUGAUGAUGAUACAAAGUGUGUUGAUGACAUGAUUUUGGCAUGUCCAAUGUUUUAUGAAUUUAGUAGAGUUACAAAAUCAUUUAAACAAGUUUUGUUGUU